GGGGCAGGCGCUUCGCAACGCCGCCAGUUCUACUUACAGGCGCUUCCCGCUGCUCGGCGAGGAGGCAGAGGUGUCUUGCUUUGGGCAGUGGAAGCCGAGAGAGGCAGCCGAGCUCGCUAGCCGAUCCUUUCGUUUUCACAGCUGAAAAGCCCCAAAGCUGCACCUACCAGGCGGGGCCGGGGCUCUUCCACGCUGCCCCUGGGUUGGAGAGUUCUCCUUCGCCCACUCCCGUUUCCCUUCUCCAGGCUCCAGCGGACUAGCCUCUUGGUGGCUGCCCACUGCCGCGACCUCUUGAUUCCCCUCCGUUUGGGAGGGACGCACCGCUCCCGUUUCCACGCUGCCCUCCCUCUCCCGACGGGUUUUAUGGUGGGAGACUCGAAGCCCAGCCCGGGACAGAGCUAUGGCCUUCGCCAAUUUCCGCCGCAUCUUGCGCCUCUCUACCUUUGAGAAGCGGCGAUCCAAGGAGUACGAGCACGUGCGCCGGGACUUGGACCCCAAUGAAGUGUGGGAGAUCGUCGGGGAGUUGGGCGACGGCGCCUUCGGCAAGGUGUACAAGGCCAAAAACAAGGAGACGGGUGCAUUGGCCGCUGCCAAAGUCAUUGAGACCAAGAGUGAAGAUGAGUUGGAGGACUACAUGGUGGAGAUUGAGAUCCUUGCGACUUGUGACCAUGCUUACAUUGUGAAGCUGCUGGGAGCGUUUUAUCAUGACAGCAGACUAUGGAUCAUGAUUGAGUUUUGCCCUGGCGGAGCAGUGGAUGCUACUAUGCUGGAGCUGGAUCGAGGCUUGACCGAACCUCAGAUCCAAGUGGUCUGCCGCCAGAUGCUAGAAGCCCUGAACUACCUCCACAGCAAGAAGAUUAUCCAUCGAGACCUAAAGGCAGGCAAUGUAUUGCUGACCCUAGAUGGAGACAUCAAGCUUGCUGACUUUGGAGUAUCUGCCAAAAACAUGAAGACUUUGCAAAGGCGGGAUUCCUUCAUUGGCACACCAUACUGGAUGGCUCCUGAAGUGGUGAUGUGUGAGACCAUGAAAGACACUCCCUAUGACUACAAGGCUGACAUCUGGUCCUUGGGCAUAACAUUGAUAGAAAUGGCCGAGAUAGAACCACCUCAUCAUGAACUCAAUCCCAUGAGGGUCCUGCUGAAAAUAGCCAAAUCUGACCCUCCCACUCUUAACUAUCCCUCAAAGUGGUCUCCAGAAUUCAAAGACUUCCUGAAGACAGCACUUGACAAGAACCCUGAGACACGGCCAAGUGCUGCACAAUUACUUGAGCAUCCCUUUGUCAGCAAGGUCACUACGAACAGAGCCCUUCGUGAGCUAGUGGCAGAGGCAAAGGCCGAAGUGAUGGAGGAAAUUGAAGACAAUAGAGAGGAAGUUGAAGAGGAUGACUCAUCAGAAUCUGCAUCUCCUCAUGAUGUUCACAAGAGGGACUCUUCUGUCGCAAGCCAACUAAGUUUGGAAGGAGAGAAGUCUCCAGGAAAUCGCUUGUCGCUUGUGGCCAAUGGACCCAAGUUGCCUUUGGAGAAGGUCAAAGAAGCCACAAAUGGGCAGAGCAACGAGCUUUUGGAUGAAGGGAUUGGUGAUGAGCAAAUUACAAAAACUGCCAGUAGUUCAAACCUGUCUGGGAUAGAGGAUUAUUCAGAUCUGUCCAGUACCCAAGAAAAAUCAGGCAACAGCCCCCAGCUGCUGCGACUCAACAACAACAUUAAACCAACAGAGAACAGGGGCCUCAUCCUCCACAAUAAAGACACUGAACCAGCGAGCAAAGAUGAUUCAAAUGUAGGGAGCCGGCCAGUUAGCAACCUCCUUGAAACGCCUACAGAAGAAAAACUCCCCAACGGCAGUUUGAGUUCUUCCUCUCCGUUUGAGAAUGGCAGCUCAAAGAGAGACUCUGAUUCUGGUAGCACCUCUGCCUCAGAGAGCAUGGACCUCAGCAUCUCCUUAUCUGCUGACCUGUCCCUCAACAGAGGCAGUGGGUCCCACUCUCUAAAGGAUGCGAAAAUGCAAAAGAUGACACUGAAACGGACCAGGAGAUUUGUAGUGGAUGGUGUGGAAGUGAGUGUCACCACCUCAAAAAUCAUCAGUGAGGAUGAGAAGAAAGAUGAAGAGAUGAGAUUCCUCAGGCGCCAAGAGCUGCGUGAGCUGCGCCUGCUGCAGAAAGAGGAGCACCGGAACCAGACCCAGCUGACCACCAAGCAUGAGCUGCAGCUGGAGCAAAUGCUGAAGCGCUUUGAGCAGGAAAUGAAUGCAAAGAAGAAAUUCUAUGACACAGAAAUAGAAAAUCUAGAACGUCAGCAGAAGCAGCAAAUUGAAAAGAUGGAGCAAGAUCACGCUCUGCGCCGGCGUGACGAGACGAAGCGGAUCCGUGCUGAACAAGAGCGAGAUCUUGUAAAAUUUCAAGAGCAGUUGAAGCAAAAGAAGAAGGAGCUAAAGAAUGACACUGAAAAGCUCCCGCGACAACAGCGCAAGGGGACCAUGAAAGUGAAGAUGGAGGAGUUUGCACAAAAGAAGCAAGUCAUGGAGCAAGAGUUUUUAGCCAAACAGACGGAUGAUAUGGAACAGGCCAUAAACAAUAUUACAGCCCAAAAUCGAAAGGAGAUCUGUGACAAGGAACGAGAGUGCCUCAACAAAAAACAGCAGCUUAUGAGAGACCGGGAAGCCACUAUCUGGGAGCUAGAAGAGCACCAUCUACAGGAGAAACACCAGCUUAUUAAACAGCAGCUAAAAGAUCAGUAUUUUCUCCAGAGGCAUGAGCUGCUCCGAAAACAUGAGAAGGAGCGCGAGCAAAUGCAACGGUACAACCAGCGAAUGAUGGAGCAGCUGAAAAUUCGGCAGCAGCAAGAGAGAGCCCGUCUCCCCAAAAUCCAGAGGAGUGAAGGGAAAACACGCAUGGCCAUGUAUAAGAAGAGUCUCCAUAUCAACUCCAGUGGAAGUGCCUCGGAACAAAGGGAGAAGAUCAAACAGUUUGCACAGCAGGAAGAUAAGAGGCAGAAAGCUGAGCGGCUGCAACAGCAGCAGAAACAUGAGAUGCAGGCAAAGGAUAUGUGUGCCCAGUGCGAGAGCAACAUGAAUGAACUCCAACAAUUACAGAAUGAAAAGUGUCAUCUCUUGGUUGAACAUGAGACCCAGAAACUGAAGGCCUUGGAUGAAAACCACAAUCUGAACCUGAAGGACUGGCGAGAUAGACUGAGGCCACGAAAAAAGGCAUUGGAAGACGACCUGAAUCAGAAGAAACGAGAGCAGGAGAUAUUCUUCAAGCUCAGUGAGGAAGCCGACGGCCAGUCUCCAGCAUCACCAAACAAGCCUGCCAAAUUUGUCCCGUUCAGCUCCGCGGAGGCUUCAUAGUCCUUGGAUCAGCAGACAAGGUGCUAGUAAUACUGGAGGAAAGUCACAAAGGACUGCCAGGGCUCCCUUUCUUUCUUUGCCAACUCUGGUCAGUGUUUCCUCUUCAGUCAUGUGCGAAGCAACCAAUGAGGCCUGAGAUCUGCUCCAUUGGUGUUGAGACAAUUUCACACUGAGGUGGCCCUGGCGGGCACUGACCAGUUGCACCAAGGGAGCCGUGAGUGAGCUUCAAGAAGAAGACCGAAUGAGGCCAUGUGUAAAAUUCAUGCUUCUUGCUGAACCCAUUGCCCAGCCACUCCGUUUGCUUUCUCUUUUACUGCCUACUGAAGGGAUAAAUGUUAGGGACCUAAGAGAUGUUCAGUGGCUUUUAAGUGCUGCUGUUACACUUGCCUGUUUAAUUUUCCUAACUAGCUGUCCUGUUAGGCCCAAUGUAAUCAGUCAGUGGUUUCACGUCACAUUAUGUCCUUUGCCAUAAUGGCUGGACACUUGGCCACCACCAAGCACAAGACGUUCAGUUACGACAGCUUUACAGAAGUCAAUGAAAAAAAUGCCUGCCGCUCUUGUGGCCCCCAUCUCCGUCAAUUAAACAAAGGACUCCUCCUUCUAGGCCUCCCCUUUGAAAUGCACCUGCUCCUUAGCUUGUUUUGAAGGGACCCAGCUCCUCCUGGUGACAUGACAGCUUCUGUCCUUUUUCAAAUGUGGGAUAGAGGCACCAAAGCCUGAAACAUAGAAAUGAAGUGUUUCAGUCAAAACCAGCCCCAUGUACAGGGCUGACAAAUAAGUGUGUCAGAGGCUUUGAGAGGGGAUUUCCUCCACUGUGAAACCUGCAUGUACUUCUGGGCUGCGGAAAUUGCUGACCAAUUUAGGGAGGUUUUCGAUUAGCACCCUUUCUCCAAACAAGUAAUUUUAAAUGGAUAAGCAAAAAUCCACUCAUUUUAGACCCUAAAGAGAUGGGGAAAGCAAAGAGACAGCCAGUUAAGUGAUGGCUUCCCAAUCUUGCCUGUUGUAUAGAAUUUCCAAGACCAGCUCUCCUGGUCUUCUGCUGGGGACAUGGCAUUACCAUCUAGAAAGGGGCAGAUAGUUCUUUCUGUGCUCUUCACAACAAAUUUUGAUGCUUAUUGCUCUCCCCUUCAGCUGUAAUGAGAUGGGUUUCUUUUUCCUGUGAUGGUAAACAGAGUUUUCUCUCUCCUAGCUUUAUUUCAUUCCCCAAUAUUAUUGGUGUAGGGGAAAAUCCUUUGCUCAGGUUAUGGCAAGAGCUAAUGAUUUCUCUUCCAAUAAAUCAAAUAGCAAGAAAAGCGCAAAUGUCUGAGGCAGCAAGAUAGCAGCUGGCCUAAGUAAGGUGGAAGGCACUUUGUUCAGCACCUUCUUAUGCUAUGUGUGUGUGUGUGUGUGUGUGUGACUUUCACAUAACAGAAAGUGCCUGCUUUGGGAUUUCUUUGACUACCGCUAAACUUACUGGGUGUGCUGUGGUUUGAAGACAUGAUUUUUACAUGAAGUAGCAGCCGCCUGAGAACUGCUUUGCGAUAUUUUUAUUCAUUUUGUUUGUCUUUGCCAUUGCUCCACAACAAGCCAGAAGGGUCCACAUAAAAGGAGCCGCAUGUAGCAGAACAGAAUAUUAUGUCUUUCAGAUAUUGAAGCUGUUCAGCAUUUCACAGUCCUUAAGUCUUGCAAAGACUGUUUUUUAACCAAAGAGGUGUGAUUUUUCUGCCCUGUUUUGAUAUAUGUAUCAAAAUGCCGUUUGCAUUUUCCCAUCAAUUAAAUAUGUAUUAUUGUUUUGUUGCUUUGCACAAUUCACACAACCUUCCAUCUUGGCAGCCAGCCAUUUGUGGCAAAUGCUUAACUUGUAUCUAUAGCUGAAUGACGUACCAAACAGUUCACAAAUGCCAUUUUCAAGGCACUAUGCAUUACAGCGGUAACGUGGCCCAAUGUUCCUUUUGGUAUACAACUCGGGACCUUUCCAGCAAUUGCUCUUUGCCCUCUGUGCUUUUGUGUUCCCUUUCUGAUGAUAUGAAUUCUGUGCUCACGUUUAAGUUACUGGAAAGAAAAUGGAGGUGCAGCAAAUACGUGGCUGCUGGCAGGCUACAGCCUCAGUGUAGUAUUGAGUGAGGUGCAAGAAUGCAUUAGAAGUAUCAGAACCAGAAUCCUGCCUUACCAAAGUGUCUCUUUAAGGGACUCUGGAUUCUAGAGAUUUUUAAGUCUAGAAAAUGUGCAUUCAGAAAGCCCCUUUAAUCCCUUACUGUACUAUUUUAAAUCUCUGUGUGUUGAGAUAAUGUGUGUGAGAAAGAGAAACUGGAACAAAGCCUGCAAAUUGCUGUGUUCCCAGAAUUCAAAGAAAAGCCAGACUUUUUUCCAAAUGUUAACAGGCAGUUUCUAUUCUACAUUUAUGUUGUAAAGGGUUGACACUUCAUAUCUUUUAUGUCGCACAUAUUCAUCUGUCUGUUUUUGUGCACACACAUGCCUGUUCCAUCUCUUAGCCAAGAAAUCAAAUCAUACUUGAUAAUGAUUUAGGUUGAGGGUUUGGGCGUCUGUCUUUCUUUGCCAGUCUGGCCUUAGCUGCUAUCAAGAGGUGCUGUAACUUCAAAAAGGUGCAAUAUUUACCUCAUACAGUGUUUCAAGGACCCCCACCCCCACACACACUUUUAAGGCAAGGAAGUUUCACUUGCCCUUUUUCAAGUAACUAUUCUCUAAGCUAAAUAAAACCAACCAACUUUUGUUUGUUGAGGUAAAGUGAUGGUUUUUUCAUGGAGAGCACUUAAGUAAGGGUUUCUAAAAUCUUCUUUUUCUAAAAGGUUUUCUUUUUUGGGUAACCACUAUGGUGUAAAUAAUCUAAUAACAGUACCACAGUGACUCCCUGCAUGUGUGUCCAAAACUCUGUGUAACUGUUGCAUAUGGCUUUAGGUCAGCAGUGCUGACUUGACUUGUAUUUGUACAGAAAACAUGGCUUUGAUAUAAUGGAAUUUGAUACCAGAAUCCUGCUUCUUAGAAUUUAAAGCAUCCCAAUCAACAGCUUUUGGGCUCUGAACCAAACAAACACUUCUUAACAUAUAUAUUGUUUCAUUU